CUUGCUCAUUCUGAUCACAGUCUGUCAUCGUUCCCCUCCCUCCAUGCUAGCAUAGGGAAUAGUGAACAGCCCACACGUUGAACCUGUUGGACUAUACAGUCCUGGCACUAUGGACCGACCACAGACUAAUAAUCAACCUGCCGACGGCUCCCUUUCGCAACCUCGUCCACCAUCUGAUGAUUUCGGAGCCUUCUCUUCUGCACCUGUUCCGGGCGGCUUACUACAAGCUGGUGAUCUUCUCGGUUCAUUCGAGGACAAGCAAGUGAAAGAAAAGUCUCAUCCCAUCGCUCAUCCGUCACAGACCGCUCCGCAUACUCCACCCAACAAGGAUAUCAAACCUCCAGAUUUGCUGGGCGACAUCCACGAUCCCUGGGGACACCCUUCACCACUACCUUCGAAUCCUCAUGCUGAGCAUGCUCAACUCUACAACUCCAGCUCCCUGCCCAUACACGUCAAGCUCCCUCCGCGGCCAUUCGAAAUCUCACCCGAAUAUGUUCCUCCCCUACGUUGCCCUCGUCAACUGUCCCAGCACUUUUACUCCCCCGGACCCGGACCGGGCUCCCCUCCACUCGUCUCCAACAUCGGCAACGAUAUAGUUUUCCAUCCUCCGCACGAGUCCGAACGGCCCAUCGCUUCUUCGUCAUCCACGUCUUCCGGCUCACGUUUACGACGCCUUAGCGACACUUGGCUUGGACUCGAUUCCCUGGAACAUGACCCGUUUAGUCCCACCCAGUCCAGACUGCUGAAUACCCUGGCCACCACGACCAAAGUGGCCUCGAAAUGGAAGUCUGUACUCGAUCCUCAUUCUUUCCCUCACGCCGACGAUCCGGCCCUCCCGAAGAAGCCAUCGGUGCCCCCCAGCGCUACCGCGUUACCCAUAGGUAUCACACAUACCACACCUUUUGCGACACCCGAGGAGCUCUCUGGUAGCUACAUCGCACCCACCGGAGCUCCCGCGUUCAAUCGGCGUGUGAACGACCAUACUAGUCGGCCUGAAGACUCAAGUAAAGAGUGGGUGGGUGUGCGCCUGACUGGAAGGAGGGAAGGCACCCAUCAGCUUCUCAACCAAACAAUAGCUGACAAAUUGCGAGCUUGUUUGCCCCCACGACAACGCCUGGCAUCCCAAUGGCAAUUAUUGUUCUCUUUGGAUCAGCAUGGUGCUUCGCUAUCUUCCCUGUAUAGGCUAGUCACGACUCACAUACCUAAUAAUCCUUCCUCCACAAAUCUUCUAUUGGUGCGGGACGGGGACAAUCACGUCUUCGGCGUUUACAUUGCGGAACAUAUACAAAAAAAAGAAGGCACAUACUACGGUAGCGGUGAAUGUUUCCUCUUCAAGUUCCGCGAUGACGACUCUGCUCCUUGCGUGUUUCGGUGGACAGGCCGCAAUCAGUAUUUCGCACUUUGCGAGACGAAUUAUGUGUCCUUCGGAGGCGGCAACGGUACAUAUGGGCUGCUGCUCGAUUCCACGUUCACUCGCAACUCCACUGCGACAUGUCCUACUUUCGAUAACGAGGUACUUUGUCAUGAUGGCAUCGUUUACUCUGAAAAGCCGACCAGCUUUGAUUGUCUAGGAGUUGAGGUAUGGGCUAUAUAG